AUGCCCCGAGGUCGCAGUCAUGGACGUGGACGCGGCAGGGGACGGGGUCGAGGCCGACUAGGGCGUGGCAGCACUACCGGUGGUGCGAGUGGGGUGGUGCCCCUUGAGAGUGUCAGUGGCACCUCAGAGGUCUCGAAGUCAGUGAGCGCCGUUAGCGCUUCGACUGCACCUGUCGUCGUCGUCGUGCCGCAGGGUCGCAUGAUUACUCGCUCUCUCCUACGCGCCACCACCUCUCUGCUCCUCGACAACAACAGCGAUGCCGCCGGUAUCCCACUAGUGCUGCCGCUCAGCGGCCGGCGCCGGCGACGGACGGAAUCGGCGGCGGCCAACGCAUCCUCUUUCUCGCCUAACUCGCCUGUACCAGGGGAUGGCACGCUCGGUAGCUCUGCGCUCGCCUCCACUCGCAUCUCCUCUUUCUCCUCACCCCCCUCCGCAAUGGCGGGCGACACGGUGGCCACUGCCGACAGCAGCGGCAGCCCCCUCUCACCCCUCUCACAGCGCGUCGUCAUCGGAGGCCUACUGCGGUGUGUUUGCAGUGCCUUCCUCGUGUCGCCGAGUGAGACACUGCUAGAGUGCUGCCGAUGCCGCAACUGGUGCCACUCCGCCUGCGUCGGCGUCGACUACGAAGAGCUGCGCCUGCGCCAACGGCAACGAAACUUUCUCUGCCCACUCUGCAGAAAGACGACCACGCCGGCUCCUGCGCCAACCGGUUCCUCCAGCACCGCGGCAGACUCCCUACCCACCGAAUCCCGCGUCUUUUCGCCGCCGCCGCCGCCGGAGUCGCAGAGGCCAGCCUCCAUCACGACGUCCUUGGGCGAGUCCAUCAACGUCCUCCUCAGCCCAACCGCAGCGGUGGUCACAGCCGUGAAUGGCCUAGCUGUUGCUCAAACGGGCGGUAGUAGUGCCACAGGAUACUCUACCGCAGCCGCUACGUCGGCGCUGCCUGGGUCGCCCCCAACCUCCACAAGCGGCUCUUCUUCGUCGAGCUACCCUUUGGUGAGCCGGCAGCCUCCGGCGCCACGCCAGCUGCCGCUAAAGCUGCGCGAGGUAACGGAUCAAUCCCCGCCUGCGCCACUCGCCGAUGAGCUGCGGCGCCUCAUCCGCAUGAUCGAAAACACGGCGCAUCAGCUGGGCUACAACAUGCUGCACCUGCCCGCGCACACGCUCACGGAGCAGCAGGUGGCUGAGUGCCUAGGGUGCUGCGCGGAGGCCAUCCAAGACGCCACCUUCUCACCCGACUACCCGGCCUACUGCCUGAAAGAGGUGCAAAAUCCCCGGCACCCCUACGUGCAAGGCAUCGCGCUCCAGUCACAGGCCGACGGACGCAUCUGCUCUCUCAUCUUGUCCAGCGGCCGUGACCUCUAUGGCAACCUCAAGCCCACGAUCACCCAGCUCAAGAGCUCGCUACAGCGCGGCCUCCUCGAGCCGUCCGCACUGACGCCAUUCAUGGCGGAGUGCAUGGCCAUUGCGGAUGUGGCCGACUUUGUGCACAUCACACUAAGCGCCACACAUGCCCAGCAUCAGCGCAAGGGUCUCGCGCGGCUUCUGAUGACGAUGGAGCUACUCAAGUGGAGCCUGCGGGGCCGGCACCGCGCGUUCCUCAACAUGGCCAUCGAAAAGCGUCUCGUGGACGGCGGCAGCCGGAUCGAGUAUGCGUCGCCGGUCGCAUCGAAGCGGCUCUACGAGUCCUUCGGGUUUGUCGAGGUCUACCCACGCUACGACCCGGUGACCAGGAAAGAACGCUGGACCGCGAAGGAAGUGGACAUGGGACGCGUGAUGGCCAAUUUGAACUUCGUCGGUCACGUGCGUGCCGUGGCGGAGGCCAUACUAGCCAAGUACAACGUCAGCGGAAGCCCCCAACGGUGA